AUGAUGCCAACACCUCUCGUGCCUGCUUCAAUUCUUCUUACAAUUAUCUUCGCUUUACCAACUGGUAUUAUUACAGCAAUAACAAAUAUGACAAUCACUGCUCUUGGCGCAACUGAUUUUCUAGGUAGUCUAAUUCUAUUGGGUAAUCCUAUUGGUUAUCUUACAUUCCGUACAUUUACACAUACAUGUCAAAAUCAAAUUUUAAUUUAUUUGACGAAUAUUAAAAUUGGUCAUUAUAUGAAAAUUCCACCUCGGAUCGUGUUUUCUUUAUUUAUUAUAGCUUCGAUUAUUACUAGUAUAAUUCAAUAUAUAACUUCAAUAUAUCUUCUUAACAAUGUACCACAUAUUUGUACAUCAAACAAUCCUGCAUGGAGAUGUUUGGCUCUUCAUGCUACUCAUACAGCAUCAAUUGUAUAUGGUGCAACUGGAUCAUUCAUUUGGAAUUCACAAUACUCUUCAAUGCUUUAUGGAUUAUUAAUUGGUGCUAUAUUACCUAUAUUAAGUUGGUUUUUAUGGAAAGCAUUUCCUCGUAUUAAAUGGUUAGCAUUAAUUAAUUUUCCGAUUUUUUUUAUGGCUACAAUAAUGUUACCUCCUGCUCCAGCUGCUGAAUAUCCAUCAUGGUUUUUAGUUGGAUUUAUUUUUAAUUUUAUUUUAUAUCGUUAUGCACAUAAUUGGUGGGAAAAAUAUGCAUAUAUAUUUUCAAUUGCAAUGAGUUGUGGAGUAGCUAUAUGUGGUUUUGUUAUAUUUUUUGCAUUUCAACUUCAUUCUUCGUCUUUUCCUCAAUGGUGGGGUUUAGGAGGGAUAAAUGGAGAUGGAUGUCCUUUAGAUGGCGCAAACUUUUCAGGUGUUAUUCCGACCGAUAGAUAUAUCUGA